AUGGCAAAUCGUUUUAUUGAUCUUCGCCACGCAGUGCAAGUCGUCCACUUUUUGUUUUGCAUUCUAUCAGUUGGCGCCAAUUUCACGAGUAUCUAUCUUUGUUGCCGAGAAGCAAAGUCUUUCUCGAGAGCCGUUUUACUGCUCUUGAUCGCAGACUCGCUAGCCCGUGGCUGUUAUUCAUUCGCCUCAACUUUUUGGUAUUACGUGCAAUUGUCUCAAUUG